AUUAUAUUGAUAGUAUAAAAGUAAGAACCUUCGUACAAGAAUUUAUUAAAAUUGUGUGUGCAAAACGGAGGUGAGUGCAAAUCAGAGGAGUACCGCUUCACCCUUCAAGGAGGAAUUCCAAACCGCAAUAAGGAUGACUCACUCCUUAAAUGAUGUUGAAGCUAUACACGCAACACCAGAAUCCAUUUGCAAUCCUACUAAUUACAACAUUGGUUGUGACCAUGUUGUUAACAACCAAAAAAAUGAGAAUGAAACCCCACCUGCGACACAAAAUUCAAAGCCAAAACGAGGAAGACCCUUUAAAACGCCACCUGAAUCGAUUAAAAAUUGGUAUGUUAUACGCAAAGAACGAAAGAUCGCCAACAGGUUCGAUACGACUUAUAUUCAUAAGGAGACAGGCUUUCGCUGUCGGUCUUUGAAGGAGAUUAAGAAUUACGAGAAAUAUGGAAGUCCCCCUCGACGUCACAAAGUGAAAACACAAGCCAAAGAAGAAAGCAAUGACAAAACCAAAAAUGAAACAGAAGUGAGUAUAUUUAUUUUAAAAAAUAAGUAGGGCUAACAAUGUAUUCUCCAACACAUUUUAGUAUUGGUUAAAGUUUACUG